AGAAGUUUUUCUAUUGUUCAUUUAUUUUUCUUGCAUUAUCCCUCCCAAAAGCCAAAAGAGAAAAGAGGAAAAAGAAAAAAGAAAAAAAAAAUAACUGAAAAACCUCUCUAAAACCCCCAUUCAUUAUCUCUUAUAUGUGUUCCUCUCAGUCAUCCAAAAAUGCAUAUCUCUCUGACCCUUUCACCAUCCAAAGCUCCUCUGCUAUUCUCACCCCACCAACCCAUUUCAGCUGCACCAUCAAAGACUUGCAGACUUCCACUUCUCACCCGUCCGAGUCCGGUGGUGAACGCCCUCAAAGAGCCCGGCUUUUUGCCAGCCAUCGGCCGAGCCAUCGAAGAUGACGAGUAUCGGAUUGCCAGGUCGCAGGUCCUUCGAAAGGGGAUGGAUUUGGAAGGCUAUUCGAUUGAGGGAAUUUCCAUUGGUGGGCAAGAGACUUGCGUCAUAGUCCCUGAAUUCAAAUGUGCUUUCGAUAUUGGGCGGUGUCCCACCAGGGCUAUUCACCAGAAUUUUGUUUUCAUCACUCAUGCUCAUCUCGAUCAUAUUGGUGGGCUACCCAUGUAUGUUGCAAGCCGUGGUUUGUACAGCUUGAAACCUCCGACAAUAGUUGUGCCUCCUUGUAUCAAAGAGGACGUGGAGAAAUUAUUUGACAUCCACAGGUCCAUGGGCCAAGUGGAGCUGAACUUUGAUUUGGUUCCACUGGAUAUUGGUGAAACAUUUGAAAUGCGGAGCAACCUUGUUGUCCGGCCUUUCAAAACUCAACACGUGAUACCUAGCCAGGGUUAUGUAAUCUAUUCAGUUAGAAAAAAGUUGAAAAAGCAGUACAUUCAUCUUAAAGGCAAACAAAUUGAGAAAAUAAAGAAGUCUGGUGUUGAGAUUACCGAUACUAUACUGUCUCCUGAGGUGGCAUUUACAGGAGAUACAACAUCAGAAUAUAUGCGUGAUCCACUCAAUGCUGAUGCUUUGAGGGCAAAGAUACUUAUAACUGAGGCAACUUUCCUGGAUGAAAACUACAGCAUUGAUCAUGCACGCCAACAUGGACACACUCAUAUAUUUGAGAUUAUAAGAAAUGCUGAGUGGAUUCGGAAUAAGUCAAUUCUGCUGACACAUUUCUCUUCACGUUACCAUUUAGAGGACAUUCGACAGGCUGUAUCAAAGUUGCAGUCGAAAGUUUCAGCAAAAGUGGUUCCUCUUACAGAAGGUUUCAGAUCAAUGCAUACUUAAUUUAGAUUGUAGAGCUCUUGUUUCUCCCCUAUUAGAAACUAUAGCGAGUAGAGGAGAGAAUGAGAGAUGUAAUGUAUGUAAUCUACAAUAAUAUUUUCUGAAAAGUGUUGUCAUUAUAAUUUGUCUAUGUAGUAAAUUGUUUUGCAAAAUAGGGUAGCAGACAUUAUUAAAUUAUGACUAAAAUAUACAUUACUGUUCAAGGGCCCAUAUGAGUUAGUUAUUGAAUAAACUAGAAACUCAUUCUCCAACAAAUCAGCUUUCUAUGCUCGUUAAUUGAAUAACCUAAUAACCAUAAUAACAGUUUUCUAUGCUGCCUCAUAUUGGUCAAUAUUGGUUAGCUUCCAUGAUUGACAAGAAUGUACAAAUCUUGAAGGAUUUCACAUGAAGCAAGAGGGAGAGAGAAGCGAUUUACUUGGUUCAGAUGACUAAAUGAGUAUCUUACAUCCAAAAUCCAAAGCAGGAUUCACAGCUCCUAGAUAAAUCCACUGUCAAUCAAUCUCAGCAGUGUACAAGUCUAAGCAAUCCAAAGUAUUAAAGGCCAAAGCUUUAACCCAACCCCAAUUUCUCUCUGUUUUCUCUUUCAAUUUCCUUUAAGCAAACGAGAAAACAAAGCAUGUACUUGAUUUCACCUUCUCUCACUGUUUUAUUUACUCCAUUUGUCUGCAACCAAUCUUGGUCUACUAAUCUUUGAUUUUAUCAUGUGCACAAGUAACUCUUUAAUUACACUUGCUUUUUUUUUUACUUGUUAAAAUUACACUUUUACUAACAUGUGUUGCUAAAAAAAAAUCAUCUUAUGCCUAACAUCCCUAAUAAUUACUUUACCACUCCAUUGAAAAAUAAUUACUUUACUACUUAAUACUUCCUCUAUCCAUCAUAUUAUUCAUCAUUCUAAGUUCUACAUCCAUCAUUGCUAAAACACAUAGCAAACUCGAGUUCUUUAACAACUAAUUUGAUUAGAUUCCUUCUUAGAGCAAGCACUUCAAGCCCAAAAAAAAACGCAUUAAAAUUUUAAGAUCAAUAAGAUAAUGUACAAUACUAAAGUUGAAGUAGCCUGAGGGCAUCAUAAAGACCCGGACAAGAUGAUGGUGAAUGUCUAGGCAUUGAAACAAUUUAGUAUACUCUGGUUUAUAAGAAUACACACAAGAAAUGCAAAUUAGGUAGUAUAAUCUUUUAAUAAUAUAGCUGUACAACAGAAGAAAAGUAGUGAAAUGAAUAAUCUAAAAACUACAUCAAUACCCCCAAAACAACGAGGCAUAUUCAAAUAACCUUCUCCCAAAUCAAUUGUGAUGCUUCAUGCUUUGAAAUUGCCGACUGAUUGAGAAACUCCCUUCCCAGGUGUUCUUCAAGUUAGAAACAUACCACACAAAAUACCAAAAGAAAUGGCCAACUAUUACCUACAUACAAAAAAAGUGUACUACUGCUCUCCUUCUGUUCCUGCUCAGUGAGACCCAAUUUGAAUAUAUUAGAGCUUCAUCAGCACAGCACACAAUAUGCAUCCAAUAAAUAUUGAGAUUCAUCGGUGAUCUUGAGGUAUUAAUAUUAUCAUCUCUAUUAAAACGACAAAGAUAAUACAGAAUUUCUAAGCUUCAUUCAUGGAGACAUAAACAUUUUGUACAGUUAUAACGGAAAAGACUUGAGAGAAGGGUCAAUUGCAUCGAAAGUAAAAGUGGUUGAAGCUGUUUCUAUUAAUCAGUCUACAGAUGCACCAAUCUACCACCUGUUUUCUUCUUCAAACAGAAAUCUUUGCUUAUAUAUGGUGUAUUGUAAAUAGAACAAGAGAAAUUUUCGUAAAUCAAGACCAUGAACAACCCUCCGAAAAAUGAAAGUAAAGUAAGAAAAAAAAUAUCCUUAACUAAACCAAAAAUAACACGUAACAAAUAAAUAUUAGCCAUUACUCUGCUCCACCAUCAAAUACUCCCUACCUCUUCUCUUCAUGCUACAACCAUAACUACCAUUAGAUGAAAUUGAAAGCCAUUAGAAAAAAUUGUAUUUCAGCUUCUUCAGCCCAAGAUAACAGCUCAAUUAAAGGCCAAUUACAGAGUUAAUUAGUGGUUAACAGAACAACUACCAUUAGAUGAAAUUAAUUCAAAGCCAUUAAACAAGUUUUAUUUCAGCUUCAACACAAGAUAGCAGCUCAAUUAAAGGCCAGUCACAAACAACACUAACAGAGUGAGUUAAUUAGUAGUUAGCAGAACCACAACUAUUCGAGUCAUAACUCAACAAAAAUUUCACCCAUUAUAAUGAAGGAACAUCAAAAGUAACUAAUUACAUUUCAAAAUUUAAAUUUGCAGCAUAAAAUUAGUAUUUUCCCAUACAAAAGUGAAACGCGGUCUAAUAAAAUUCACGCUUGUAUACUUAUUUUCUAAUGCAAUCUUUGGAAAAACCUCUCUUUCACGAGCAUACCUUCUUAACCGAUAACCCCAAAUCACUUGAACUCGAAGCUAGGCACUGGAGGCGCAUCAAAGCUCUCCAAAAUCUUCGUCUCGCUUCCACUACUUGGUGUCUGGGGCUCUUUCUUAUCCCCACCACCCAACCAUCCUCCAAGCCACGACUUUGAACCUGAACCUGAACCCAAAUCAGAAGCAGACCCAGGAGCGGAACUUACCUCCGGAAUUUGCUGCGUCGGGAACCGACCCGGUAAUUGCCCUGUUGGAGGAAACCCAGGCAUUCCAGCCACAUUAGGAGCGGGCUCAUCUAUCAUGACAGGCACUUGUUGUUGUUCGCUGAGGACUUUAUUAAGCAUGAUCCCAGCCCCUUCGAUCAGAGCCAAGAGGACGCCGCCAAAGGCAGCCGAGCGAGAUGCCGCGCCUAAACCCUGGCGCAUCUGAAGGAACCCACCGGUGGCGGCACCCGCGAUGAUCGAGUUCCAUGGAUCCUCCUUCUGGCGGACGUAGACCAUGGUGCAGUCGAAGGCGGAGAAUAAGCCACCCCAGACGGCAAAGCUUCCACCAACUCGAGGCGCGUUCAUCCGUACGGCUUGGGAGCCACCGACGAGGCGCGCUCCUUUGGGAGAGUUGUAGAGGCCCUUGAUGAAGUGAAAAGCGGAACCUCCGACUGCCCCCAUGCCGAACGCGCCGCCGAUAUCGUCGAGGAUACGAUCCGGACAGGGCUCCCUAGAAGUCUCUGGAGUUCCCAUGAGAGAUAAAUUUGCGUAAAAGAUCUUCCCAACUCGUUCUAGGGUUACUGGUUUCGCCUAAAGGUGUGGAAAAGAGAAACAGAUCGAUUAAAGGCUUUCUUCCUUCCCC